GAUUUUCACCUGUGAUUAGCUGUUAUGGAGCACCUUCUGCGUUGAAAGUGAAGACGUGAUAACAUGUGCAUCGAGUGUUGUCAAAAAAAAAAUUACAUUGUACAUACAAGCAAGAAACGAGUGGAAGUGAACAAUUUCAAAAUGUUUGUUGAAAUUACGUGGUGUAGUGCUUCGGUCUGGUACAUGAUUGCAGCCCUCAUGACCUAUCUUGCGGCACACUUGAUUCAAGUUGUUCUAGAUCUUCCAUUGUGCGAAGGACAGAAGGUGCCGGACAUCCCAAGCGAUAAACAUUUCGAACUUCGUAAGCUGGUGCAGCGUGUUAUAGAUGAAGUCACCAAGUUACCGGAAAUGCUCAACCAGAGUGGGUUGCCAUUGCGACCGGAAGAGCAUCUGCCAUAUUUUAGUCCUAAAAAAUAUGAGCAACUUUUGGCAACUGCCGUACUCAAUAAGGUGGUUGAAGAUUAUCGCAAUCCGAAAAAUUUUGAAGACGUCGGAAGAAAAUCCGAACAACCCUGUCUGGAUGCUGUCCCUCCUACGACCGCUGCGGUGACGACGGGAUCAGCACUGGCUAAAGAUUCGUCAUUGGAUAUUAAUCAUAACAAUGUUUCUGGUAUCGGCUCGUUGAAUGAAGUUAACAUCAGGCAAAUGUCACUGAAUACAAAUGAGAUACAUUCACAAGAUGAUCUGCUUCAAAGAUCAUUGUCAGAGUCGGACGAAUCCUAUUUGAGUGAUUAUAUCCAAAGACACACUGUACCGUUGCCAGAUCUUUCAGAUACCAACGGUUCUGGAUCUGGUCCUGAGGACGAUCUUGUAUCUCUGAAGUCAAACAUCACUGAAGGCACAUCGUGGGAGGAAAAUUGGCUAUUCAGAAAACGACAGCUGAAAACUACGGAAUCUGCGAUAGCAAUGUUAGUGCCAUCACCUACCGAGGAGGUAAAAGCUUUGAUUGGUGAUCAGAUAGUGGAUGACGUUAGUGAUCUCUCUGAGGCUGAUGGUGAAGAUUAUGAUUCUGAUAUCCAUAAUAAUGAGAGUGGCGAUACAAACAUGACCCAAACAACCCUGGAUGACGCAAUUCAAGAUAGUUUAAUAUCGAUAAACUCAAUACCUUCAAAUGAACCAACACUUUCUGAAGCAAAAAACAGCCUUCUGUUGACGGAAACGUUGCUUGGCUCAGCAUCUCCUGAUGGACUUCUAACUGAUUUGAUCAGUAUUGAACAAAACUCAGAUAAUGUUGAAGCCGCCAAUGCAACACUUCUUGGUGAAGAAAUAAAUGAUACAAAAAACGCUAAACCAGAUGCGGUGGAAACUGAUGAUGUUAAAUUGAUGCAAGAACGUAUUCACAAUGCUCCGAAGCAACGAGAUAACGAUGGUAACGUGAUGUAUCCUAUUGGUGUGGCACGAGCAAUCAACACAGAUAACCAAACCACAGAAUAUGGCAGAAAAGAAGUGCCAAUAGAAGUGCCAUUAGAACACACUUACAACGACCACACAUUCAAAUAUACUAACAACGAAUAUAUCCGCAACUUAGAACUACCUAUAGUCAUAGAUAAAACUAGUAAUAACCAACAUAUUAGUGCACCCGUAGAAAUUUUAAAUAUUAUGCCAAACACCUAUCCAGAGAGCACAAAACCGGCUAGCAUAAAACCAAACAGCGAAACAAUUAUUCCUCCAAAUUCUCUGAACCUUACGCAACCGCUUUCACCCCACCCGAUAGCAAUGACGAUUACGGAAAUAUUUGAGCAAUCCAUGAAACCACAUCUAACAUCAAUUUCAGAGGAAGAACAGGAUUUCGAUGCCUCAACAAUAGUUUGUUCUACGCAGUCCAAUUCAGCGAAUGAACAUAAGUUAAACAAAAGUGACAUAAAUGAGCCACCUCAAAAAAACUCAGAAUCAAAACAUCAUACACCCCCAACAACUCCAGAGUUGUUUGUAGAACAAGGCACAAUAGAUACUUCGAAGCAAGGGCAAAGUGGUUCUUCUACAGAGCUAACAGAAAUAACUGACCCAACAGAAAAACUCCACAUAACAAAAGAUCAAAAUUUGAUUGAUUCAAACCAAGGGCAUAAAAAGAUGGAAACCAAUCAAGAUAUUCUGACUGCAUCAGAGCAAAUUAUAUUGCGAACUGAAGUAAAGCAAGAGCACAUAGAUGCAGACUUCAAAACAGCUGACAUAAAUGUUAGGCCAAAUUCCUCCAAGAUACUUCAAGAAAAUACGCAGUUCGGGAAAACUGACGUAAAGUUGUCUAUUAAUAAUCAACCACCUUUAAUCAAUAUCGUAGAAGAAAGUCAAAUCAUAUUUGAUGAUACCAUGACGAUCCAACCAGAUGAUCUGCAUCAUACAAGACAAAAUAUGGUUUUAAAGAAAGAGCAUCUCAGUACUUCAAAUGAAAUGGAAUCAUUAAAUAAAACUUCUACAGUUGACGGUACUGCUGGGUCACCAUCAAUAGAACAAAGUGUUGAGCCUGUUGAUAAAACAUAUUUGCAACAGAAACCCAUCAAGCUGGACACUACGCAAGAGAUCUCAACCCAACCAAACGAAGCAGAAGUAUCAAUUGAUCACACUCUUAAGACAGCAUUCUAUACUGAUAACACUACCGACAUAAAAAAUGACAAACCAGUUUCAAAAAGUAAGAAUGAAACAAAAUCGUCUAUCAACACGGUUUCACCAGAAAGCAAAACAGAUGAAAUUGUUGUUAUCGAUAAAGAUAAUGGAAAAAGUAUUGAUUCAAAUAAUUUUAAUAUUAUUCUUGAACAAGAAAUAAACAAUGAAACAUUGCCAGCAGACCGUAUAAAACAAGAAAAUACAGAAGUCACAGUAAUGAUGGACGACGGUUCAGAUGUUCUUAAAACGGCCGCUACGGCUGAACCAAACUGUUUGCACGACGAGUUGCAGGAGUGUUACAAAGGGUUGUCUCCUGCUGGGGAUAGUUUCAACUAUGCUUUCUUUAAUACAAUAGACGACAUUGAAGAUACAACUGAGCCAUCUAGUCCAGAAGACACUUCCACAGAGGCUAUUGCCGGUUCAAUCGACAGAGUAUCUAGUCCUGAAGAGCAAGAUUUAAAGAAGGACAUUCAUCUCUCGAAUGAGUUGUUGGUCGCAAAUGCACUUCAACAUACUGGAACCGAUUACAAAAGCAAUUCUAUUUAUGAGAUAGAUGAUGUUCUUUUAAACUUAGGCUCGGAGGCAUCUUCUGUGCAAUCCACUCCAAUCGCUAUGGUGACACAGCAGAUGAGGCAGUAUUGCGAAGAGCUGAAAGGCAUUCUUCAUCCAACCAAAACGCCAGAUUCAUCAGAACACGAAUCAGAUCCUAUGCUUGAAAUUUCGGAAAACAUUGAUGCUCUUGAGUUCUUUCAGGACGAAUUAUGUACAGUAAAUGAACAAUUAGAGGCAUGCGAAUUUAAAACACCAACAGAACCAAAAAGCAAGCCCUUUCCAGAAGAAAAAAUGGAAAUAAAAACUGAGAUCAGCAAUCAUAGUAUAUGUAAUAUCGAUUACGUAGAGGAGGAACAUUUUGUUGCGGAAGACGUUGGAAACUUGGCAAUUGAAAAUUUGGAACAUACUUCAGUAUGUGAUGUGAUAAUGGUGAGCCCGAGCGUUGGCGAACAUGCUGUUAAAAAUGCGAUUUCUUUAGAAUACACAGCAUGUGUAGAACCAUGUGCCACACUAACUACCGAUAAGAAAAUGAGUCCUAACAAAGAAAACUCCUGUGAAAAUCCUACUAAGGAAUCAGAAGACCCUAAUUAUGACGAACUUCCUCCGCCUCCAUUGGAACUUAUCGAGCAAAUAGAGGGUGAAAAGAAUUCUAAACCACUUUCAGUUAAUACACAGCACUUACUAACAAUUUCUACACAAGAGGAUUACAACUUGCCUAACAACAGCACCACUAAUCUAGCUUCAAAAACUAAUGACAAGUCUGAUCUACAAAAACUUGGUGCCUCAGAAAAUGAAUUAAUUUCUCUAGAAACUGACCCAUCAGACCUAUCACAAAUUUUAGAACCACUUCCGUCGCCCAUCCAAGAGAAUGAUACCGAUAGUACCAACAAUGACAACAUUCAAUCGAUCGAUGAAAAUCUCAUCCCAGGAUCCAUUGCGGAGCGUGACAUUUUGAAAUGGCGCAAUGCUUCACCGAUUCCUAACAAUCCUUACUCUCCAGAUAUUUUACAGAAAAGGUUAUCAGAAUCUAAUCGUAGCUCUAAUCUGCUAGAUUUCGAUCGUUUAACUAACAAGGAUAAGGAUGUGCCAAUUGAAAAUCAACCGAUUUUAAGUGAAGACGAUGAAACUGAUGUGCAGGAUCAAUCUUUACUAUCGGAACGUGGAGGCAAUCAAAUCCAUAAUGAACGUUAUGGUCGAGAUUAUUACAUCAACGAUGCAAAACGUGCAACGGGAUCUCGUAAGUUGGGUACCGAAAACCAAACUAAGAUAUCGCACAGUACGGAUGAUGAGAAAUCUCUUCUAUUAUCACAAAAACAGCCUAAUGCUUCACAAAGAACUAGUCCAGUAGUAAGUCCAAGCCAUACAAGUAACACAAGUCUGCAAACCGGUGUGUUUCCGUUUGUCAAAUCAAGCAGCUGUGGAAAUGUAAUACCCACAAACAAAACUGAAGACAUAUUCUCAGCUGGCCGUCCAGUACAAGUAGCUCCUACGGAUCCCAUAUUGCAAAAAGGAACAAAAUUGGAAUAUUUAAGCACUCCUGCACACGAAGUUUACCUUAUUCCGACAAAUGAGCCAAUUACUCCACACUCAUUGGAAUCAUUGUCGGAGCAAAGCAUACAGUCAAGAGCCGAUGAAAGUUUAACGAUGAGCGAAGAUUCAGAUAUCACAAGAAUCUAUGAAAUUGGCACCGGUGAGACGAAGCUUAUUCAAGGUGAUGCCAUACAGGGUGUAGUAGUACCAACUGAAACCCCUCCUCCAACUCCAGACAAACAUUUAUCUGGACACGUUGUAGUUGACUCAAAUGAUAACCAUAAUGUCAACCCAGCUUAUUCGGAAUGUGCCGUUGUUUCUGAAGAAAUAUUGGAAAUACUUCCUCAAACAGUAGAUGCUGAUCAACAGGGUAUCAAAUCGCCUAGCCCUACCAUUGAUCGAAGCCAUUUAUUGAAACCACGCUACGUGCAGAUCAAACAACUAUCACCAGAUACUAUUAAGUUUUUCUCCCCCAAAAAACCAUUUACUAGUUCAACGAGCAACCUCUCCGCGUCAGCUGCCUUAUCAAAGUCCUCCUCUGAAAUUCGGGAACUGCCUGUUAAUACAUCCAACCAAAUGCAUUCAUCGUUGCAUAUAGAUUUUCCAGCGAAUCGUAACGUUCCUGCACAUGAGUUCAUAAUUGAGAAAGAAGUCAUGGACGUGCUGCCAUCAGUUAAAGAACUUGCAAAAUGUUACAGCGGUAAAAACCAAGGGACCAACACAACAUUGAAACCAAUUAUGAAACCAACGGUCAAGCUUCGAAAGGAUUUCAUUCGACAAUCUUCUGAUAUGCUUCAUGAUGACCAAGAAUCACGAAGUGGGAUGCCUCAGGUUGCCAACAAAAACCGCCGGAUGUACAGCAGUACCAACAGCAUUAUUGCAGCAGAAGAAAUCCGUGAAAUCCGUCGUUUAAACCUGGAAGCGUACAAUCGACCAACAUUUGUUCCAAUGGCUCCUGGGCAUAGCAUAACAGCUCGUAGCUUAUCGAAACAGAUUCGUGAGGAACUUAAAACAAAUGCAACUGAUGACUUCAAAGUACAAGGUGGCCAUAUCAGCCCAGAACGACCAAGCAGCCCCGUGUUUGCUCCGGGUCAUUUGCGAAACAGCAUUCAAUUUUUUGAAAACUUAAAAGAUAAAUAGGAAAAAAUAAUCAGUGAAUUCAAACAACAAAUAAAAUAGUGCCAUCAUUUUGUACUUUCAUGAGAAGAUUGUACGACAAUAAAAAAAAGUCCCAUUGGUCACUUAACUUGAUUUUAAAUCAGAUUUUUCGGUUAAUAAUCCUUUGCAAUUGCUAGCAAAUCUUUAUUGGGUUUGUGUUCUCUGUAAUAAAAGAUUCAAAUCCUGAAAAAA